UGAGGAGGGUUUCCCACGUAUGGAAAUGAGCAGAGGGAGAUUAUGUUUUAUUGUUUUAUGGUUAAGGAAUCAUAUUGUGUGAAUCCAGUGGAGACAGAUCCUCCUGUCAGCGCCUCUCGGAGACUCUCAGGCUGUUAAAUGGUUAUUUUUACGCAUUGUUCGCACGCACCGAGGCAACAAAGCUAAAUGACCUUCAUACCAACACCGAAGCUACAGGAUACAUUUUUUAAGUCUGCUUGCGUCAGCUUUACACGCCCCGCAGAAAAAAAAAAACUCGCGCAACGUGAGAAGCCUACUACGACUUCAUUCAGCUUCGCCACGCCUUUCAACGUAAACAAAUGGGGGCUUGACCAAUGAGAUGCGCGAUAGAUCAGCCGAUGAUCAGAUGACUGAAAAGGAGAAACUAUUUAAAACUGUAAUGACACCCUCCCGGCAAGUUUACACGUCUGAGGAGCGACGCAUGCAUAGAGGCGCGCACCGUAACGCACCGUAACGCACCACCGGCUCACUCGCUCGCUCUUUGUCGCCACUGGAUCUGAUCUCAUCCACUUUGCCCACCGCGGCGCCACCAGAUACCCGGCAACACAAAGACACAUUAUAUUUUCCCAGGGAGCUUCCGAUCCCCUUCCAACACUCGCGUGGGACUGAGAGAUGAAUCAUAAAACCCUUUUACUGUGGAUUUUCCUCCAGUGUGCCGCUGCGCUCUUCUCCCCUGCGCUUGGAGAAAACGCCGCCCUCAAAGGUCAAGACAGUGACUUGGAUGAACUGUCAACCAACAAGCCAAUCGAUGGCGUCGUCAAGUACAACCUGAGGAAGAGUUUGGAUUUUGAGCAGGAGGGCUGCUACCUGCAGACUGGCAAGAAGGAUGGCCUAGAGGAGUGUGGCUUCAAUGCCACAGCCAAAACCAUCUUCAUCAUCCACGGCUGGACGAUGAGCGGGAUGUUCGAGACCUGGAUGCACAAGCUGGUCUCCGCGUUGAUGCUGCGGGAAAACGGCGCCAAUGUUGUGGUCGUCGAUUGGAUCGUGAUGGCUCAGCAGCUGUACCCCGACGCAGUCAACCACACCAACACUGUCGGCCUCGAUAUUGCCACCAUGAUAAACUGGCUAAAGGAUGAGCAGCAGCUGCCUCUGCAAAAUGUGCACCUGAUUGGCUACAGUUUAGGCGCACAUGUAGCCGGCUACGCUGGAGCAUAUGUACGAGGGACCAUCGGCAGAAUUACUGGUCUAGACCCAGCAGGACCAAUGUUUGAGGGUGUGGAGGAACAGAACCGUCUCUCCCCAGAUGAUGCCGACUUUGUGGAUGUUCUGCACACAUACACCAGAGAGGCUUUGGGUGUGAGCAUUGGCAUCCAGCAGCCUAUUGGGGACAUUGAUAUCUACCCCAAUGGCGGCGAUGUGCAGCCCGGCUGUGCCCUGGGUGACGUGCUGGCAGUUGCAGGAAAUUUCAUGGAGGUGAUGAAGUGUGAGCACGAGCGCGCUGUGCACUUGUUUGUGGACUCCCUGAUGAACAAGGACCACAUGAGCUUUGCCUACCAGUGCACGGGCCCCGAUCGCUUCAAGAAGGGCAUCUGCCUCAGCUGCCGUAAAAAUCGAUGCAACAACAUCGGCUACAACACCAGAAAGAUGCGCAAGAGGCGCAACAGUAAAAUGUACCUGAAGACACGUGCCGACACUCCCUUCGGAGGCUACCACUACCAGAUGAAGAUGCACGUGUUCAACAGAAAAAACUCCGACAGCGCAGAUCCCACCUUCCUUGUCAAGUUAUACGGCGCCAACAACGAUACAACGAAAAUAUCUGUCGAUGUCCAUGAAAACAUCAUCGGUCUGAACCUGACCAACACCUUCCUGGUGUUUACUGAGAAGGAGAUUGGUGACCUGCUGAAGAUCAGUCUGAGCUGGGAAGGAGACGAUGAAUCCUGGAGCUCCAUGUGGAAGAGCGUGAAGAAGUCCUUCUGGGCCUGGAACGCCAAACCCCCCAAACCUGUGCUGGAAGUCCGGCGCAUUCGUGUGAAAGCGGGAGAGACGCAGAAGAAAUUUACUUUCUGUGCUCAAGACCCUUCAAAAACUGAAAUUUCACCGGGAGAGGCCAUAACGUUUGUGAAAUGUCGUGAUGGCUGGGAAGUGAAACCUAGAAAAAGGCUGCCCAUGUAACAACUCAGCACUUCCAACAACCAAUGCACCGUCACCACGGGGGACCCAACACGGAUCAAACGAGGAGCACUACCUUCUCUUGAUGUGAGCACUUUUACGUUUGGAGGAGGAUUGAUCAGCGCACGGUGGGGAGGAGCUUCAGGUUUCAGCAUCUGGAAGUUUUCUAGUAGUUUCUGAAAACGUGGACUCUGGGCUCUGUCCAGCGUACGAGACAGCGGGACGUCUCCUUGCAGGCGGGAAGCUGGGGCGGUCCUAAAUGUCAAAUUGCCUGUGAGAGUUGCAGAAAGGUCCUUUUUGUGUGGACUGUAGUAAAGUACAAUACAGAUCUGUGCCUGGGGACAAACACCAGCAAUUGUAGUCGCUGUACUGUACAUUUUUUAAAUAUUUCCUAUUUAUGAAUAGAAUGGAAGCACUGCAAGACCAACAUUAUUUAUCAGAGCACAUCCCAGUUGCAGUAUUUGUGUGCGUGUCUGUGUGUGAGUCAGUGUGUUUUUUUAAUAUGUGGGUGAUUGUAUGUGUUGUGCCCAAGAUAUGUGCCUUUCUGCUGAGAGAUUACUGAUACACUGUAUAACUGAAGGAGAUACCGGAUCUCGUUGCACACAAUCUUUCUGAGGAGGCUUUGUGCGUCAUGUUGCUGUUACUGUUUGUGGCUUAUUUUUUUGGGGGUUGUGUCUAUGUAUAUAAUGUAAAUAACUUUUUGGAAAAAAAAUAAAUGCACCUGUUAUUUGUAGAAA